CACAGGAGGAGGAUCUGGAAGGCGGAGCACGAAGAUCAUAGUGAAGAGACCAGGGGGCUGGAGGACUUGCCUCCUUCUUCUCCUUGUGUCCCACCAGCCUCCCUGCUGGCCUGACCAGGCCCCAUACCCCAGUCUCCCCAGAAACCCCAAGCUGAAGAUUCUGUGGGUCUGCCCUAUUGCUAGGCACAGCAGAGCCUGGAUGGAGGCUUGUCUUCCGCAGUUGCCCCAAAGGUUGCUCUUGCUGGGGGCAGCCACCCUGACUGCAACUGCUUUGGAGACAGCCGACCUGGAGGACAUGUGCGGGCAGACGUGGCAGGGAGACGGGCUGCUGCUGCGCUCGCAUGCCGCCUCGCUCAGGUUCUACUUCGUGGCUCCGGACACGGACUGCUGGCUCUGGGUGCAGGCGGCGGCCCCCGGCGACCGGAUCCGUUUCCAGUUCCGCUUCUUCCUGGUCUACAGCCUGACCCCCGCGCCCCUGGCGCUCAACACCUCCUCCCCGGCCCCGGCCGGCCAGUGCGCCUCCGGCUCCUACCUGCAGUUCUACGAGGGCCCGCCGGGGGCGCCCCGGCCCCUGGGGUCCGCCCUCUGCGGCCUGACCAUCCCGGUCCCCGUGGCAUCCUCCGGACCCUUCCUAGGCCUGCGCCUGGUCACGAGAGGCCGCCAGCCCCGCGUGGACUUCGUGGGCGAAGGCACCUCUUUCCGUCUGGGACCUUGUGGUGCCUACUUCCGCUGCCAGAAUGGCAGGUGCAUCCCCUCAAGCCUCGUGUGUGACCCCUGGGGCAUGGACAACUGUGGCGACGGCAGUGACCAGGGCUCCUGGUCACCAGCUGACUGCAGAGGUCCCUCUCCGGUGCCCAGCGAGACAGGAAGUACAGACGACCACACCUCCAGAUCUCCGACUCCCUCUCCAGCUCUUGGGUCUGCAGGAUCCCUCCGGAUUGCAGCUGAGAGGAGUCCCCCAGCAGGCAGGGACCCCACGAGGCAGGACGCAGCUUUGGAAGACUCCACUGACUGAAGCCCUCAUCAAAGACACGGGAGGCCCCUGGCGGGGAUAGCACCGUUUAUUAAGAAAAAUCAAGACAAAGACCACAGGAGGGUCCCUUCUAGGACACAGAGGCCAGGCGUCCCAACCCCACAGUCUGGGAGCCACUGGCAGGAUGGCACUCGAGCUGGAUCUUCAGGCUCCCGCAGAUGGGGCAGGGUGGUCGGUGGUCAUAUCCCCCUCCUCUCUCUCCCAGUUGUGAGUCCGGCUUUCCCCCACCCAAGGCACUAGCUCUUCCUGGGCACCAGCAGCGGCUGAGGAGUCCCUGGGCCUUCACUUCCAGAUGAGUGGGGAUGUGGCCUGGGGUGGGCAAGGCCCGGUGGGCGGGGCCCUCUCAGUGCUGGGCUCUGCCUAUAGCAGCUCCUGGUAAGAGUUGGGGUGGGUUUUCCCUUACAGCCCGAGGGAGGGACCCCGGGCUGUGUGCUGGCAGGAGGGGGUGGGAAUGCAGGCCAGGAGGGCGUGGUGGGGGGGGAGGCUGCCAGAGGAGGUGCCAGGGGCUGGGUGGAGGUGGGUGGGGGUGCUGAAAAACGAGCUGGUGGGGAUGGGGACCGCCUGCCCAGGGGUGAGCUGCCUUUUGCUCCACAGCCGGCACUAAAGACAAUUCCCAAUCCUGAGUGGGUGGCAGAGGUUCCUGCGAUGCCCGUCUCAGGUAGCUGUGGGGCACCAGCCUACAAGCCGAGGUUGGCUCUCCUAGGAGUGAGAACUGCCCAAGGGCUGCAGAAACAAGCCACCCAGCUCUAUCUUGGGGCCUCCAUUGGUGGGUAGGGGGAGAGUGGGGGCAGUUCUGGGCCCACCCAGCCACUGUUCCUGACCCCAAGUCCUGGUGGCUUUCUGAGGCGCCUACUCCCAUCAAACCUGUCUUGCCCGCCAGCCUUGUGGCUUUGCCCAGCUGUGUGGGUGGGGGUGGCGUGCCCACCUCCAGUCCAGCCCAGGGCGGUAGCAGCAAAGCGUGGCAUCGCCUCAGUUUCUUACAAAAA